AAUACGGCGCUUUCAGCUGUAGCCGGCACCUGUGAAUGGGGCGCACAGCGGCCCUGACGGAAGCCAGUUAGCAAAGGGGCUGGAGGUGUCAGUUCUGUCAGGAAGAGGAUGAGAUCAGGGAAGGGUGACUACUGGAGCCCCAUAGCGUGGGAAGCCUGUCAGGGCUUGUGUCAUGUCCACAGUGAGGAAGGGGAAGAUGGCAGCUGAAUAACUGAGCCAUAACCAGCAGGGUGUCUGUGGCUCUCCAUUCCUUACCUCUCCCUCUACAUGGCUACUGAAGCUAGGAAUCCUCCUUGGUUCUGCCUCACAGUUCAUCUACUCCCUGAGACGACACAGCGCUCAACACAAUAGAGCGUGUAGAAGACAUCGGGAGUGUAAGGAAGGAAAGGAGUGAACGCCUGUGUCUUCCCAGGUUCCCUUGAUGCCCUCAGCAAGGCCUUGGUGACACAGCCAGGAGAACUAAGCCACAGGCGUGGUGCGCAGCCCCUUUGAGUAUCCGCAGUACUACCUGGCUGAACCAUGGCAGUUCUCCAUGCUGGCAGCUUACAUGUUCCUGCUCAUCGUGCUGGGCUUCCCCAUCAACUUCCUCACGCUCUACGUCACCGUACAGCACAAGAAGCUGCGCACACCACUCAACUACAUCCUGCUCAACUUGGCCGUGGCUGACCUCUUCAUGGUCUUUGGAGGAUUCACCACCACACUCUACACCUCACUGCAUGGCUACUUCGUCUUCGGGCCCACAGGAUGCAACAUCGAGGGCUUCUUCGCCACACUGGGCGGUGAAAUCGCCCUGUGGUCCCUGGUGGUUCUGGCUAUUGAGCGAUACGUAGUGGUCUGCAAGCCCAUGAGCAACUUCCGUUUUGGGGAGAACCAUGCCAUUAUGGGUGUGGCCUUCACCUGGGUCAUGGCGUUGGCCUGUGCUGCUCCCCCGCUCGUCGGCUGGUCCAGGUACAUCCCCGAGGGCAUGCAGUGCUCGUGUGGGGUUGACUACUAUACACUCAAGCCUGAGGUCAACAACGAGUCCUUCGUCAUCUACAUGUUCGUGGUCCACUUCACCAUCCCUUUGAUUGUCAUCUUCUUCUGCUAUGGGCAGCUGGUUUUCACAGUCAAGGAGGCGGCUGCCCAGCAGCAGGAGUCAGCCACCACACAGAAGGCAGAAAAAGAAGUCACCCGCAUGGUCAUCCUCAUGGUCGUCUUCUUCCUGAUCUGCUGGGUUCCCUAUGCUAGCGUGGCCUUCUACAUCUUCACCCACCAAGGCUCCAACUUUGGCCCCAUCUUCAUGACCCUACCAGCUUUCUUUGCCAAGAGCUCUUCCAUCUAUAACCCUGUCAUCUACAUCAUGAUGAAUAAACAGUUCCGGAACUGUAUGCUCACAACCCUCUGCUGUGGCAAGAAUCCAUUGGGUGACGACGAGGCCUCUGCCACUGCUUCCAAGACGGAGACCAGCCAGGUGGCCCCAGCCUAAGCCUGGCCAGAGACUGUGGCUGACUAUAGGAGUCUCCUGUCCCCACCCAUCCCAGCCACAGUCCCCACCAGGAGCAGCACCCGUUGGAAUGAGGUCAUGCAGACUUCCUCAGUGUUCUUUUCUUUGUUUUUAAUUAAUCCAAGAAAGAAAAAUGAUGUUCCCCACUCAACAGGGACAGCCUAAGAAAGGACAUCCAUCCACCAAGAUCCCUGACCUGGAGUCCCCAAUUCCCAGGGGCCAGCGGGAUCUGUACCCCUUCCCCACAAGCUUGUCUCUCAACAUGACAAGUGUCCCAGCUUAGGGCUAAGUGUCUAGGACAGAAUGGAGCAAGCAAUAGCUGAUUAAUAAAAUGCUAGCUGGACGAAGGGAGGAAUGAAUGACUGAAUGAAUGGAUAUGUGGAUGAGGGGAUUGAUAGAGGGGAACAUGUAUAUCCUCAGGUGCCCAACAUGGCACAUCAGUCAUGUUUGGCUGGAAUCUAUAAGCAAUUGUUUUUACAUCCCUGCCCUGGUUGUCUCCCCCAACCCCAGAUGGAAAUUCUGAAUCCCAGGUCCUGACAGCAUGUGACUGCUUCAAAGACAGAGAGAUGGGGGAAGGAGAGAGAGAGAGAGAGAGAGAGAGAGAGAGAGAGAGAGAGAGAAUGUUUGUGUAUGUGUGUGUGUGUGCAAAUACUUUGUAUAUAAACAGCACAGCUGGUAGUUAUGUUACAAAUAAUAUCAAUUAAUAGAAUUAAUUAACCAUCCUGAUUGUCUCUGCUUGUUAGUGACUGCUUGGGAACUGUCUGGGCCCAAGCACUCAGACAGGGUGUUUCUCUCACUCCCAGUAGACUUUACCAAUGACCUAGGCCUUUAGUCCUGUGCAGGGCUGGAGCUGGAUCACAGGGACGACAGUGACAGCAAUGUGGGGUGCAGCCAUUAGGACUGAGAAAGCAUUGUGACCAGGGGUCUCAGGCAAGGCCCUACCUCCAGUGUGACAUCCUUGGUUCAUGUCUUCUAAUCCUACUUGGCCUGAGACCCAACCCUCCUUCUGGAAUUCUGGACACAUUUUCUCUUCCACACCAGCAACCAGGUAGCAACGGUUCAAAGCCAGUGUGGAGUUCUAGAAGCCAUGCUAAUCUGCCUACCCUCAGGGAGUGGCUGAGUCCCUGAUUACACCCUUGUUCUGAAGAUCUCAGAAACACAGUGUGAGAUAUGACCAGGCCUUACCCCCUAGGAUGCUCAUGGAUCCAGCUCCCAGCUCCCUUGCUGGAUAUACUGUUUCCUUAGCAUUUGGUUUUUAUUCUUCCCAGAGAGUUUUGGGUUUGAAGUCAACAGGAAUGCUGGGCAACUAGAAUUGAGCAGCUUCAGUCUGCAUCCCUCCUCCACAGAACCACAGUUGGGGCCCCCAGCAGGCCCAGUUCUGGCUGGGGAGGGAGGCAAAUGGGGGCAUUAAAAGCUCAGCUCCUACACUUGCUGGCAGUGGUGGUCUGUUGCUCUCAAGCUCUUUACUUACAAAAGGAAUGGAAACUGGGAAUCUUAUGUGACCCCUGUCCAUGGAGAGUUAGACUGUGUGGGGACAGCAGUCCAGGUCCUUGAGGAAUGUGGUGUAGCAGCCCCAUCAAUCUGAGAAACCCAGCUUGGGCAGAAUAGAGACAGAGUGGCCUCUUUUAAGCCUCUGUAUCUGCAAAGAAGAGCUUAGAACUGUCCUUGAAGGGGAUUAGAUGAGAGCUUAGGGACUUAUGUGGCCAGCCCACUUCCUGGCUUGCUGAAAACAUUGGCACAUUCUGGAAUUCUAGGCGUUGUCUCAGACCUGCCCUUACCAGGACACCCCCACCUAACAAGGGGAUGGGCAGUGCCUCAGAUGUUGAGCAGUAUCAUCCUCCAAGGAGGAAAGGUUGCCAGGGUCUGGGAUGGAAGCCCCUCAGUGCUGUGGUGGGCAAGGGCAGGGGUUAUCUGCUAUGCUGUCUCAAUAGGUGAUGCCAAUGAGGGUUCAUUUGGUCACAAGUGACAACUGCUGAAACAGAAUUGAUCUCAUUGGCUUAUAGACAUGAAACCUCCCCCUCCACUUUAGGCCAGCUGGGUAUAGAAGUUCAGACUUGUGACCCUUUAUAUCUGUCUUUUGUGUUGACUUUACUCACAGGCCUAUCCCUAGAGAUGGCAGAAUUGUCUGCAUCAGUCCCAGGGCCAUUAAUCCCUCCAGAAAGAGGAUUUUCUGCCCCUUAUUAUAACCAUGGUUUCAGAUCAGGUUCUUAUGAUCUAGGUCAUCUGAUUAUCCCUAACCCAAUCAGCAUGUCUAAAAUAGAGAUUCUUCGGCCAGGUUUGAGUCACCUGAUUUCCUCCAAGCCAGUCACCAUGCCUGAUAUGGAGAUUCAUCUUCUGAUUAGUCAGACCUGGGUCACCUGAUCACCUCUAAGCCAAUCACUAUGCCUGAUUUGGGAUCCCACAAUUGUCAUGUGUUUCUAUACCACAAGAUAAAGUUGACGUCAUAUAGUUAAGAAGUCUGUAGGAUGUGUUCCCCAAAAGAAACCAGGGGAACAGGAUCAGACAAGCACAGAGGGGUGGGGGCGGGGAUGUGCUAGACACAGCUCCUGUGUGUGGUGGAUCAGGGUAUUCCCAUGGCCACCACAACUCUGGUUGUUUCCCAGGCUUUAUGGGCCAGAGUUAGAUGUUGGUGGGAUACUUUAGUUGCCUGGUCUUGUCCUACCUCACUCUUCCAUGCCCAGUUCAUUUGUUCUGUGGAGUGUCACCUUUGCCCCUGCCUUCUGCAGAGCGGGAAAAAUACCCCUUUAGAACCAGAAUACUCUUGUUGUCAUGGCGAAAAGCAGCCUCAGCCUCCCCUUGUUACUUGUCAUGGUGUGUAUAGGCUAAGGGCUGGGCUGAGCAGGGAUCUGGAGUUCCCAAAGGGACACUUGCAAGGCUCUAGCCAGACAGGGCCAUCACCCCAGGUAAGAGACACCACUUGAGAUAGCCUGGGGUGCCCCAAAGAAGCACAGUGCCAGUCCCAGGGCAAGUCCCUGGACUACCUAGGCCGUGACUCUGAGCUGAGUGUGAGAUUCAUCUCAGCUGGUGAAGGGUUAGAGAGCCUCUGUACCUGUGUCCAUCCUUGGUCCCUUUGCCUGCAAGAAUAUUGAGGGUGACCCCAGAUAUAUAGGGAUUCAGGAGCACAUAUGGAUAAUCAUACAGACACUUACUGUAAAGUAAGUCUUUGGUAUAUAUGCAAUUUUACAAUUGAUUAAAGAUUAAAAUAAAUUUGCAUACUAAUGAGA